UGUAUAUAUAAAGUCAAAACGAGGAACACAAAAUUUGUAAAAGAAUCUGCACCAAGUGAAGAAUCCAAAAAAUGGAAACGAUGAUCAUGAUACUUCUCCUAUGCUCAAUAAUCUCUAUUACCAUUAUCUUCUUCAAAAAACAAACUACAAGGAAGAAAAGCAACACACCAACGUCACCACCGGGACUUCCAUUGAUUGGAAACCUUCACCAGCUCGGCCGUCACGCUCACCGAUCACUAUUCUCUCUCAGCCACCGUUACGGUCCUCUCAUGCUCGUCCACUUUGGUCGUAUCCCGGUUCUUGUAGUCUCUUCUGCCGAAAUGGCUAGAGACGUUUUGAAGACGCAUGAUCGUAUUUUUGCUAGCCGUCCACGGUCUAAAAUCACCAAGAAGCUUCUUUACGACGGGCGUGAUGUGGCCUUAGCUCCAUAUGGAGAGUAUUGGAGACAAAUGAAGAGUGUGUGCGUACUCAGUUUGCUCAGCAACAAAAUGGUACGAUCCUUUCGAGACGUAAGACAAGAAGAGAUCAUUUUGACGAUGGAGCAGAUCCGGAAGUCGAGUUCUUUGCAAGUGAAUCUAAGCGAGAUAUUGACGAGUUUAACGAAUGAUGUGAUAUGUAGAGUUGCUUUGGGACGAAAAUAUGGCGGUGAAGUGAAUUUUCACCGAGAUAGGGAUGACUUUGUGGAUGUGUUGCUCGCAAUUCAGAGAGAGAAGAGCGUCGGGUUUGAAAUCGACCGGUUAAGCAUAAAGGCUAUCGUCUUGGAUAUUUUUGUGGGUGGUACGGACACAUCGUACGCACUUAUGGAAUGGGUAAUGACAGAGCUUCUACAUCACCCCGAGUGUCUGAACAAACUUCAAGAAGAAGUACGUAUGGUUUGUAAGGGCAAACCGCGUGUAUCAGAAGAAGACAUUCAAGAAAUGAAAUACUUAAAAGCUGUGAUCAAAGAGACAAUGAGGCUACAUCCUCCACUUCCAUUGAUGGUUCCUCACGAAUCAACUCAAGAUGUCAAGUUAAGAGGCUACCACAUACCUGCCGGUACAGAGGUUAUGAUAAAUGCAUGGGCGAUUGGGAGAGAGGCUGCGACAUGGGGACCAGACGCGGAGGAUUUUAGACCAGAGAGACAUUUAGAUUCGUCUGUUGAUUUCCGAGGUCAGGAUUUUGAGCUGAUUCCGUUUGGAGCAGGGAGAAGGAUUUGUCCAGCAAUAUCAUUUGCUGUGGUGUUGAAUGAGGAAGUUUUGGCUAACUUAGUGCAUCAGUUUGAUUGGAGAUUACCGGUUGAAUCUACAGAAGUUCGAACAGGUGUUGUUGAGUCAACUGGAAUAGCAGUUCGCCGCAUGUUCCCUCUUUAUGCCAUUCCAUCAACUACUACUUGACCAAGGCAUCAUAUAUGAUAGUUGUGUUACUUGUGUAUUGUGUGAUUGUGUCGCAUAAGAAUAAUGAUCAUGGAUACAAAUGUUUGUAUAUAAAAUAAAUUUUCUAAACUAGAUAAAUACAAUGUCAAUAUUUUAA